CAUUUGACAUUAAUGACAUUCAUGGCGUAGGAGGGUCUAUGUAUGUUGUAAUAAUUUUCCAAUUUCUAGUUUUAAAGAUCUUCAAAAUAAACGAUGGUCGUGGGCGCUUUUCCCAUUGCAAAAUUGUCUGUACUUCUUAUUAAACAGAUAAGUAAACCAAUCGCAAAUGUCUGUAAAGAGCGAGCCAAAAGUAAUCCAUUUUUUAGAACUUACGUUUGUAUGCCUCCCGCUCAGUUCUACAACUGGUGUGAAGUCAAGGCAAAAAUGUGGAUUCUCAAUCUCGGAAAACCUGUAAAUAUACCAGUCCUGAGUCAGGAAAUGGCCAUUGAGUUGGGUGCCAAUCUUCUUGGUGAAACAGUAAUUUUUGUUAUUGGUGCUGGAUUGCUUAUAUUUGAAUAUAACAGACAAAGUAAAAAAGAAACUGCAAAGGAAGCUAAGCGAGCAGAGGAAAUGAACCAUAUUACAAGUACUAUAACAGACCUGUACUUCACAGUGCAACAGCAGCAAACACAGCUAAGGGAAAUGGAAAGGGUAAUUCAUUCCAUAAGUGGCAAGAAACCUGUUAUAGUUCCUCCAAUUGCUAAUGAACCUUCUCAGCCACCUCCAACUUCCCCACCAUCUAGUCCUAAACCGCAAAAUAUGAGCAAUGUAAGGCAACCAGAAAUAAACAUUUCAACAUAUACACCAUAUCCAAAUAUGGGAAUUAUUCUUCAGUCUCUGAACUAUAUACAAAUGGAUGUCUUUACUUCUCUUUUUCCUGAAAAUGGUGCUAAGAAAGAAGACAACACUGAUGGAAAACAACAACAAUAUAGAAGAGAGCCUGCACUCUUGUCUGCAACAUUAUACAAUAUAGAAAACAACUUUAAAAGUUUGUUUUAAACUUGUAAGUACUUAGUAAGCAUUAUCCACUGUAAGUGCUUGUUCACGUAGGCACGCGCGGGCGCGGGCGCGGGUAACGUCGCGAGCUCGUGUUCAUAUUGACGACCAGGCGUUCGCGCGAUUGUGACGUAUUGUCAGAGGUCGAAUUAUGGACGACGAUCUUUUAUUUUUAACCGAAAAUUCAUACCUAAAGUGGGAGAUGCUAAAAAUUAGAAUUGGUGUUUUGUAACUAUAAGGUGAGUUUAAAAAAAAGAUUUUCUUAGUAAGUAAUUUAUAAUUUUCAAUCAAAAUCAAAUUCAAACAAGGUUCCUCUUUAUUAUUUAAUUUAAUUAAUAUUAUCGUUAUCAACUAAACAACAUUUCUGUUCAUAUGAUGACUUACUUUGCCAAAUAGGAGUUCUAGCCUGAAUAGCACUAAUAAACUCUUCUGUAUUGAACGACAUGAUAAAAACGUGCUAUCGUUUCUAGCGACAAGAUCAAACUGGUUGAACUUACCUGACGUCGUGAGUGAAACGCGCGC